AUGUCCCAGCGCGUGCUCAGGGAGUACCGCAGACUGGUCGCCGCGGGGGGGGCAGCAAACGAGUCCAACUUGCACCCAACAGACCCAGCUGACCUCACCCACUGGGAGGCCACCCUCGAGGGACCACAGGGGACACCUUACGAGGGACACAGCUUCCCCCUCAGGGUCACGGUCCCGGACAAGUACCCUACACUCCCGCCCAGUGUGUGCUUCCCCAAACGUACCAUGCCACACCCGAACGUCAAAUGGGACACGGGCGAGGUCUGUCUAGAUACUCUCGCUGGUGGGUGGACCCCCGUGAUGGACUUGCAGUACGCGGUUAUGGCGGUGAGGAGACUCCUCGCGGAACCAAACCCGGAAUCACCGCUCAAUUUGGAACUCGCCGCUCUGAGCAGACUGGGCGACCACAAGGCGUACGACGGGAUCAUCAAGUACCGUCUAGCGCACUCAUCGAUAAAGUGA